AUGGAAUACAUUAAUUCUUUAAAAUUUAGCAUUUUAGAUGAUUUGCUCUAUAAAAAAGAACUAAAACGAAUUAUAAUCCUUACGUUAUAUAAUGCUCAUUAUGAAAAGAUGAAAUCUUUAUUGAAUAUAUUAUCUUUACAAAAAAUGAUUAUCAAUAAUAUCUUUUAUCAGUCUGAAAGGGAUAGACCUAUUUUAAAUAUAAAAGUAUCUAUGAAUAUUGGGAAUCCAGAUUUUUUAAAAAAUUUGUUAAAGAUGUGUUUACAAAAAGAAAUUUUUUUAUUAGUUUCGAUGGAGAAAUUUCAAUAUUUCAUCCCUGACUUUGAGAUUAAUCUUAUCGAAACAAAUAUCUGGGUAGCAACUAUUAUAAAAUCUGAACGUAUACCGAUAGAAAUGUUGUUAGAAUGGUUUAAACUAUUAGAAUCUUAUAGUAUCAAAGCUCUGAUUAUUUCUGAUUUAACAGAUAUAUCAUUUAAGUGUAUAGAAUGUAAAUUGAAAGUCCCUAAACUGUUAAAAAAGAAAGAAAUUAAAGAAAAGGCUUUUUUUUUGACACAAAAAUAUUCAUUAGAUGUUUUAUUGCAAAGUGAUAGUGUAUAUAAAAAAAAGAAGCGUCUGAUUGCUUUCGAUAUGGAUUCUACACUGAUUGAGCAGGAAAUGAUUGAUGAAAUUGCUCGUUUUUGUGGUAUUUUUGAAAAAGUCUCUGCUAUAACACAAGCUUCUAUGAAUGGAAAGAUAGAUUUUUCUGAAUCAUUAAAACAAAGAGUUUCUUUAUUAAAAGGUGUUCAUCUAAAGGUUUUUGAAGAUUUAAAAAAAAAGAUUGUUUUUACUGAAGGCGCUCAUUCGUUAUGUAAAAUUUUAAAAAAAAAUGGUUUUAAAACAGCAGUAAUUAGUGGAGGAUUUAUGCCAAUUGCUAAUUACAUAAAAGAAGUGUUAAAUUUAGAUUACGCAUAUGCAAAUAAUAUAGAAAUAAGUGAAAACGGUUUAUACUUAACAGGAAAUAUUGAUGGUCCUAUUAUAGAUGGGCAAAAAAAAGCCGAAAUAUUAAAAUCAAUAGCAAACAUAGAAAACAUAGAUAUAAAUGAGACAAUUGCAGUUGGAGAUGGCUUUAAUGAUUUAUGGAUGCUUAAUACAGCAGGUCUAGGGAUAGCAUUUAACGCCAAACCUAAAUUACAAGAAAAAGCCCCAAACACACUUAAUGCGAAAUCCCUAAUGAAUAUAUUAUAUGUUCUUGGAUACUCUGAAAAAGAACAAAUAGAAAUGUUGAAAACAUAG